UAUAAAUAAUUUUUAUUUUAUUUAAUCUUAUUUGAAAAAAGUAUUUCAAUUGAUGGAUAUCUAUUAACAGGUGUCGCCACUUACCUUACUACAUUUUUUAACUUUCUAACGAGAGAUUUGAAAAGCAAUCAGUAAUCUUUAUGGAAGCAUGUGUUUGACAAUUUUCUUUUCCUUUAAAAUAAUUUGUUAAUAAAAACUGUGAAAUUGAUCGGUUUAGUAGAUUUUUAUUGUAAUAUAUAGAAAAUAUAAAUCAUACAUUUAGUGAAAUUUCGUUAUAUAUGGGUAUUAAUGAUAGAUCAUAAAAAAAUAAAUAAAGAUAAUUAUCGUCGAUGUGAUGCAAUAAGAUGGAACAUUUUCUUUUGUAAAUAAAUUGAUCAGAGAAUAUAUUGAUUUGAGAUUUUAAUCAAUUUAAUUGAAUAAUAAAUGAACUACAUAUUACUAGGUGCAUAAAUAAAUGGAAGAAUGAACAUGGAAGACAUAGAAUUCAAAAUGGUGUCGACGAAUUGUAAGACAAGUUGCAAAUUUUUCACUAAAUAUUUCCAAUGGAUAAGAUUAAUAUCGGUGGAACCAACAAUGUGGCUUUAUAUGAUGGCUUUUAUGAUAACUUCGGUAGUGGAACAAGAUUUUUUUAUAUACAAAGCUUGCAGAGUAGAUCACAAUUUAUCAGCAGAGAUAUGUGCAGAUUUAAAGUCUAACAAAACUUUAAAAACUGAAGUUCAAAUAACUGUAUCGGAAUUUCAUCAAUGGAACAAUAUUGCUGGUCACGUAGUACCGAUCAUUUUAGCAUUGUUUUUUGGAAAUUGGAGUGACAGACACGGUAGAAAAUUACCAUUGAUUAUAGGAUUGAUCGGUAAAUUUCUAUAUUCUUUUAUGGUGAUCGUUAAUUCGUUUAUUAGUUCUUGGAAUUUAAACAUGGUGAUAUAUACCGCAAGUUUACCAUCGGCAAUGCUUGGAGGAGACGUUGUUAUAUUUGCCAGUUGUUUUUCAUACAUAUCGGAUAUAACAACAGUUACAAAAAGGACUCUAAGGAUCACUAUACUCGAUAUUAUUUAUCUUAGUACUAUGCCUACCGGUGUAGCUUUGGGUUCUUAUCUAUUCACAAAUGUCGUAAAUUCAUCUCAUGGAAUAAUGUUUACAAUAAAUGCUACUCUACUCGUGAUUGCUAUUAUCUAUUCUUUUCUAAAUCUUGAAUGGCAAACCCAACAAAGGCAAGAAAUAUCGAACAAUAAUCCUUUCACAGAUUUCUUUGACAAAAAGCAUGUAGAAGAAACAAUUAAAACGUUAACGAGAAGAAGAGAAAAUCAUGGAAGAGCUUAUCUUUGGAUUUUAUUAUUAGCAAUGACUUUUUACACUUUCCAAAGAGAUGAAAAACCUAUGAGCUAUCUUUAUACACAACUAAAGUUUAAAUGGGAUGUUACAGACUUUAGUAAAUUUAAAACAUUUUUAUCUACACUUUUUGUAAUAGCUAUGCUUAUUGGUGUUCCUACGAUGAGUAAAUUAAUUGGAAUGAGGGAUACUUUAAUCGUUGCAGUUGGUGCUAUAGCACAUGCAAGUGGCAGAGUUAUUUUUGCUUUAGCCACUAUACCACAAUUGUUUUAUGUUGGAGCGGCUGUGGCAGCUUUAGGACCUAUCGUUGCACCAGUAUUAAGAUCAAUGACUUCUAAGCUUGUUCCUAUAGAAGAAAGAGGUAAAGUAUUCGCUAUGUUAUCUGUUUGCGAUAAUGCUGUACCUCUCUUCAGUGGUAUUUUAUAUUCUCAACUUUAUAAUUUAACAAUUAACACAGUUCCUAGUUCCAUUUAUUGGUUAACAUUUACUACUCAAAUUAUGGUCCUUUUAUUGAUCUCUAUUAUACAUUUUACAUCUAAAAUUGAACAUGUACAAGAAGGAAAUGAUGAAGAAGAGACUAUUGAAAGUUAUUUAGAAGCUGAUAGAUCUCCUAAUGAUGUAUCGAAUCAUAACAUUCAUUUACAAUAAGUAUUUCUUUUAUGUAAUAGAAAUUUUUUAAUUUUUCAUUGACGUCUCGAUUAAUAUAGUCGGAAAAUCAUAUUAUUUUUAUAUAUACAAAAUGAAAUGUAAAUUGUACAAAAACUACAAGUCUUCUCUUUGUAUUUUCAUUAAACUGUAAUAGUUGACUUGUUGAAUAAUAAAUAUGUAUAAUUUUUUAAUAAGAAAAUCACGUUGAAUUACAGAAUAUAUAUA